GCUUUUCAUCUUACUGUCUCUCUAUAAAAAAAAAAACCCACACUCUUCACUAAUUCCUCUCACUAAUCGGAGAGAAAAAUGGAGAAGGGAGAAGAAGAACAAGCUGAAGAAGAGAUAUCUGAAGAGCAAAGAAAGCGGGCCGAAGCCAAUCGUCUUGCCGCCUUAGCGAAGCGCAGAACCCGACUCACUGAACCCAACCAAGACUCUUGGAAGCAUUUCAAAUGCAGAAAGAUCUCCCAUUUACCCCUCUCCGCCAACUCCACUAAUGUUUCUUUCCGUAAGCCUCAAACCCCCUCUCCCCUCAACCCACCUCCCAUGCCCUGCACCCCUAGUCCUCCACCACAAAAGUUUAGGGCCAGGCUUGAAAUUUGCUCGUCGGAUUCAUUCUCUGUCACUCCCGCGCCCCUGGAAGGAUUUACUUAUCCCGGUGAACAACAAUGUAUGGAAAAACUCAGAGAUUGCCUCUCAUGUGUGGCACUGUCGCAUUGCACUCAAACGACUAGUGAGGGAAAGGCUUGUGUUUAUCAAGUUAGAGACUAUGAAGCAGUUCUGAAGUCUCUAAAGAACUCUAGAAGCAUUGAAUAUGAAGAGAUCCCUUGGGGAACAUUCAAUGUAGUCGAGAGACUUUCUCAUUCAUCCUCUGCAGGUCGAUGGAUACCUUGUAGGCCGGAGCAUCUUCCUGAUGAGAAGGUUGAUGAGUUGAUCAGCAAACUUCCUAAAAGAUUGUUGGAUACACUUCAUCCUUUUCAGCUUGAAGGAGUUCGGUUUGGAUUGAGAAGGGGCGGUCGAUGUCUCAUUGCAGAUGAGAUGGGACUAGGGAAAACGAUCCAGGCUAUCACCAUUGCAAGUUCCUUCAUGGAUGAAGGUUCUAUGCUCAUAGUUUGCCCAGCUAUUCUGAGAUAUCCAUGGGCUGAAGAACUGGAGCGCUGGCUUCCUUGUUUACCUUCUGAUAUCCAUCUGGUUUUUGGUCACAAAGACAAUCCUGCUCGUUUACCUAAAUGUCCAAGAGUUGUGGUGAUAUCAUAUACGAUGCUUCGUCGUUUGAGGAGGAACAUGUUGGAACAAGAGCGGGCCACCUUGGUUGUGGAUGAAUCACAUAAUUUGCGUUGCACAAAGAAAGCAUGUGAAAAUGACGAGAUAACAACUGUUCUUGAUGUUGCGACAAAGGCCAAGCAUGUAAUUCUAUUAUCUGGGACUCCAUCUUUGUCAAGGCCUUAUGACAUUUUUCAUCAAAUAAAUAUCUUAUGGCCCGGUUUACUUGGAAAGACUAAAUAUGACUUUGCAAAGACUUACUGUUCGGUUAGAUUUGUUCAUGGCUGCCAAGGGAAGGUUUUCCAGGAUUUCUCAAAGGGGGUUCGCUUGGAGGAAUUAAAUGUGUUACUGAAGCAAACUGUAAUGGUAUGACCUUGUAGCUCCUUU